AUGUCAAGCUAUCCCAGCGGCAAUCAAGCCGCCGGUAUGGGCAUAGGCUAUAAUGAUCAAUUCGCUCGUCAAUAUGAAGCCCCCGCUCCGGAACAGACCAAAUUUAAUGGAUUCCUGAAAGCGCUUGGAGCGGGAACAAAGAAGACAAAAGGAGAUGGACAACCUCCAAAACGUCGUGGACCCAAACCAGACUCCAAGCCGGCCCUGACCCGGAGACAAGAACUCAAUCGACAAGCACAGAGAACCCAUCGUGAACGAAAAGAACAAUACAUACGAUCUCUCGAGUCCGAGCUCUCCAGGCUACGGGAGGUAUAUAGCGUGGACAUCAACGCUGCCAAUCAAAAAAUCAAGCAACAGCAGGAAAUGGUACAGAGUUUAAGAACAGAAAAUAAUCGAUUGAUGGGGAUAUUGAAAGAAUGCGGAAUCCCUGUUCAGCCUCAGGUGGAGAUCGAAACACAGGAAACAAUGAAUGCACAACUCGGGGCAACCUCAUAUACAGUCGGAACGAGUUCGGUGGCCUCUCAAUCAGCCGGGUUUCAGUCACAGCCGGGAUUUUUGACAACGCCGCCGUCCACGUUCAGUUCGCCGCAUAGUGCAGGAGGAGACGGUGAUGAUAGAGCAGGUUCAAGAUCCGGAACAGGAGGAGGGGCGAUGCCAAUGAUCGGUACUAGUUUUCAGACCGGUAUGAAUCUAGGCGACCUGGACUAUUCAGCUAGUUCAGAAAAAGACCAAGCGAUACCAGCGGUACCGGGCAUAUUCGACGAGGACCCUCAAUUAGGCAUCGAUUUCAUUUUGCAGCUGGAGUCGCCCUGUCGUGACCAUACGGAAUAUCUCUGUCGCGAAGCCUCCAAGGACGUUGAACGGGACAGAUUCUUUUCCGGGCAUGCUCUCAUGGCUUCGUGUCCACCACCGAAUCACAUCGAAAACGUCCCUGAAGGAAAUCUGUACCCCCAUCAGACCUAUGAACUGCCUCUGCCCAACCUUGAAAAACUACUUAAUUUAAGCAAACAACUCAUCACAGACGGCCAAGUGACGCCUAUAAUGAUUCUGCAAUCCCUGAAAAACCAUGAUCAAUAUCGACAUCUAACGAAAGAUGAUGUCAAGGCAAUUGUUGAUACGUUGACGGCCAAGAUACGAUGUUAUGGGUUUGGUGCUGUUAUCGAGGAUUUCGAAUUGAGAGAUUGUUUGCAGAAUGUUUUGGGCACGAAGUUAUAUCAUGGGAGAAGUCCACCAUCAAAGGUCGGGGAUGAUGCACUGUAUCGAUAGUUCCAUUAAUUCUCUUUCUCUCUUCUCGGUCCUUGCUUGCUUCCAAGAUUCUUUCCAUCUGCCAUUUCAUGAAACGAUUAUUUCGAGCUCCACAGAAUCGAAAUCUGCGAACAACAAACCAUAUACCCAAAUGAGUCUAAUUUCUGUUACAUUACGCCCAUCAAGUUUUGUUUUGUGAACAACGAACGCUCUUGUACAGGUGCAAUGUGUCCUGGGCCUCCUUAUUCUUGAGGGCUCUUAUUUCAUUCUGUAUCUGACGCGAAAACUAAAGAAGAUAUGUAGCCUAUGUGAUUAUCUUUCGGGUUUCAAGUUGCCCGAUGCUUUCACUUAAAUAUGUACAUUACAA